CUGAGAAACCGAGAAUUGCUGUUACCGUCUCCAGUUCUCCGGCAAUGUUGGUCAGAGACAUGAGGCGGCUAGUGCCCUUCGUAGGCCCAUUCCUCAUCCUCGCAUUUCUCGCGUUGGGCUUCUACGACGAGAGAUUGAGCGUCUUGCCAUUCCAGAGCCGGCACUCGACGGAGGACAACGCGCUCGUCGACCAGACGCUGGAGCCAGGGAGUCAAACACCGGGCUUGCCAGAGACCUUAGGAGACCACGAGGGGAGGCAUCAUGAGGUGUUCUCGGUGUCGACCGCGGACAGGAAGUACUUCCCGAUCAAAUUCGGCGCGCAGGAAGCCAUAAACCCCAACAUAAUUCCCCACCCUAGCCUGAACGACACCUGGAUCAUUGUUGCCCAGAUGCAAGAGAGCUCUGUGAAGAAUAGCGUGUGGUUUGCCGAGCUGGUCUGCAAUGCGGUCUUCAAGAAGGACGUGCUUGAGUGCGUAGAGGAGCCGAUGAUCCUGCCCAUCGCGGCCACCUCUGGCGGCAAUUGUCAAGGUGAACUGGCGUACUUUGACCUCAGCGUUGGUCCUCAUGAUGCGCGGGUGUUCUAUGGACCGAGAACGCCGUAUGCUAUAUACGGCUCGCUCUCAGCUUUUACGUGCUUUGGGCAGUGGAUGCAGGACUUCAGAUUACUGGUGGAUUGGGGGUUUGAGCUUUUCAUGGAGAAAGAAUUCAGGAAGGCCACCGAACUCCAGAGACCGCCUCCAUACGGAGCGGUUGAGAAGAACUGGUUUGUCUUCUGGGACAAAGACGAACAGAUCUACGCCCACUACGAUGUUGCACCCAAACGGGUUUUUGCGAAACUGGAAUUCGACGGCUCGGUCGGGGAAGACCUGGCGCCUCUGGCUGCUCUCAAUGACGAGAGAUGCAUGGCGAAGUACAUGCCACCCGUGGCGCCGGAAUCAGAGUCGAUCCACCAGGCGACGAACUCGCUCUCGAUCACGCUGUGCAAGCGAUCCGAUCCGACGUGCGAGCCCAACGAUUCCAACACGUUCAUCCUCAGCAUCUUCCAGCACAAGAGCUUCUACGCUUUCCACAGCGUCUACGAGCCGUAUGUCAUGCUCUUCCGGCAGACGGCGCCCUUUGACAUCCACGGCAUCUCGACGAAGCCCAUCUGGAUCCACGGCCGCGGCGGGCCCGGCGCCGGGAAGAAGCCCGACUCCUUCGUCGCUGACGCGGCGAACCCCUGGACCCAGACGGAGAUGUUCUACAUCACGUCGCUGAGCUGGAAGAAGCAGGGCCACAGGUACCACGGACACAUCGAUGACGUGCUCUUCAUCGCUUUCGGCAUUGAGGACUCCAAGACGGCGGGGAUUGAUAUUGUGGCGGGCGACCUGCUGUCAGAUCUGGGACUCUGUAUGGAUUUAUGAUCAUGAAACGUUUUUCUAGCCAUGUGUGAUGUACAUAUAUACCAGGGCGUGCCUUGUUUUUGUUUUUUUGCUUUCUUUUUGGAUAUAUAUGUAGAACAUGAUCAAGUGAUGAACAUACUCUGUAAUGAUAGGUAGAUACCUACCUAGUCUUUUUUCUCUAGGAGGUUCUAAAGGGAUAUUUUCCAAUAGUUUUGUACCACUGUAUCUACCUUGAUGCGCCAUGUGCUAUAAAUAUCUGAGC